AAUUUUAAAUUCAGGCUGUAACACAACAAAAUGUGGAAAAAGUCAAGGGGUGUGAAUACUUCCUGAAGGCGCUGUAGAUAGAGUAGUCCGAUCCUACGACAUAGCCACUGGAGUGGGCCAGACAAAGGCAAUCAAGGAUGAAAAGCCAGGCUUUUUAACACCACCGAUAGCGCCAUCUAGUGGAUAAUCUCUAACCACCGAACCCAUAAAAUAAAAUGCAGUUUCAUUUAUCAUAGGCCAACAAUAAAAACAUAAUAUCAGUAAUAUCAGAAGGAUGCUCUGAUAUUUCCUCAUGAAUGUGGGUUUGAAAAGUAUAUUUAUUGUAUAGCCUACUUCUCAGUCACACACAGACGGGGGAAGGGGAUUCACUUUUAUUUAUACUCCUCCCUUCCCCCAACGGUUCUCACAGAACAGCGUCUUGCCUGCAGUGUGAAUGGUAGCCAGCUUCGUUCUGUGUCAUGACUUUGAGUUUUGAAAGCGCUUUUACUCUUAAUAAUGCGGCGUUACAUUCGUGCAUUCCUCUUGUGCAUGUUGUUUGCCGUGUUCUCGGCCUUGUACGUGUAUAGUAAACUAUUUUAUUUCGAUCUGUCGGUCGGAGGAGGAGGAGGAGGAGUGGGUGGGAGGACUUUCCUCCAUCGAGUCGCGGCCUCUCAGCGAAGGGACAUUGGACAAGAAACCAGGCGAGGGCCGGACAAAACAGGCCCCGGCGAUGAACACUGGUACACUAGGUACAUCAUGAGGAAAGCAGGGGGCCGUGUUAGGACGGCUGCACCCAUGCAUCUGGCUGUAGUGGCCUGUGGACAGAGACUAGAGGAGACACUCACCAUGCUGAAGUCUGCUGCUAUGCUCAGCAUCAAACCACUGUGUCUGCACAUCUUUGCUGAAGACCAGCUGCACGCCAGCUUUAUAGAAGCUUUGGAGUCGUGGCCAGGUCCGUUCCGCUCCAGGUUUAACUACACUAUGUACCCCAUCACCUUCCCCAAUGAGAACGCUGGAGAGUGGAAGAAACUCUUCAAACCAUGUGCUUCUCAGAGACUGUUCCUACCUCUCAUCCUAAAGGAGGUGGACUCUCUAGUCUACGUGGACUCAGACAUCUUGUUCCUCCAGCCUGUGGACGCUCUGUGGUCCCUGCUCGUUCACUUCAACGCUACCCAGCUUGCCGCCAUGGCGCCGGAGCACGAGGAGCCACGCAUCGCCUGGUACAACCGCUUCGCCCGUCACCCCUACUAUGGCAGGACGGGCAUCAACUCUGGGGUCAUGCUCAUGAACAUGACCCGCAUCAGGGCCACAUACUUCAAGAAUGACAUGACGUCAGUGGGUCUGAGGUGGGAGGAGCUGCUGAUGCCCCUGCUGCAGAAAUAUAAACUAAACAUGACCUGGGGAGACCAGGACCUGCUCAACAUCAUCUUCCAUCACAACCCUGAGUGUCUGUUGGAAGUCCCCUGCCACUGGAACUACCGUCCAGACCACUGUAUCUACGGCAGUAACUGUGGCUCCGCGGAGGAGGAGGGUAUCUUUAUCCUGCACGGGAACAGAGGAGUGUACCAUGACCUCAAACAGCCUGCCUUCAGAGCUGUCUACAAUGCCAUACGACAGUACUCGUUUGGGGAGGAUCCUGUAAGCUCCCUGCUGGUCCCACUGGAAGAAGAGCUGUUGAAGACUACCCGUUCAUACUGUGGUAAAUCACAUGUUCUGUUUACUAAGAGACUGGCUGACAGCCUGGCCAACGUCAACAGAGAUGCUCAGCGUCCACAUGGACGGUAGUCUGAUGGACUGGGCCUCCAGACUGUCCUAUAGUGUUGUCAUGGUCAGACAGAUGGUAGCCUGGGUCCUGUUCAUUGGAGCGCAAUGUAGCAAAACAGUUUGUAACGGAAAAACGAAAAUGGGUGUUUCUUAUUGGACAAGUUGAGAUAGUGCCUGCUCUGUUUCAUUUCAUGGUCUUCUGUCUCAUGCCUACUGGGCACCUACAGUGUCUACAGAUACAUGGUUGAAGGAAGAGACUACAUGGACAUUGGUGACUUCAUAUGCUGGAGAUACAUACUGUUUGUGUGAAGGAUGACUGU